AUGCAGAUGAAGCAGAUUCUCGCCCUGGCCGUGUCCAUCGCAUCGGCUGAGGCUGCCUACAAGGGUUUCAACUAUGGCUCCACCAACGAGGAUGGUACCACCCGCUACAAGGCCGACUUCGUCUCUCAGUUCAAGAACGCCAAGAACCUGGUUGGCACAUCCGGCUUCACCAGCGCUCGUCUUUACACUAUGAUUCAGGGUGGUACCACCAACACCCCCAUUGAGGCCAUCGAGGCCGCCAUUGAGGAGGAAGUCACCCUGCUUCUGGGUCUCUGGACUUCCGGUGGUGGUGUCGACAACGAGAUUGCUGCCCUCAAGUCCGCCAUCAGCACAUACGGUGAAUCCUUCUCCAAGCUUGUCGUCGGUAUCUCCGUCGGUAGUGAGGAUCUCUACCGUAACUCGGUCACUGGUGUUACGAACGAUGACGGUGUUGGCAUGAACCCUGAUGACCUGGUCUCCGCUAUCGAGUCCGUCAAGUCCGCCAUCUCCGGCACCGUCCUGAGCAGUGCUAGCAUUGGUCACGUCGACACCUGGGACGCCUGGACCAACACCUCCAACUCCGCUGUCAUUGAGAAGAUCGACUGGCUCGGCUUCGACACUUACCCCUUCUGGCAGUACACCGAUGGUAACUCCAUCGAUAAUGCCGCCAACCUGUUCGAUGAGGCCCUCGCCAAGACCAAGGCUGUCUCUGACGGAAAGGAGAUUUGGAUUACCGAGACCGGCUGGCCCGUUACCGGUGCCGAUGAGGGUGAGGCUGUUGCUUCCACCGCCAACGCCAAGAAGUAUUGGGAUGCUGUCGGUUGCUCUCUCUUCGGCACCACCAACACCUGGUGGUACACCCAGCAGGACUACGGUGCCAGCCCCAGCUUCGGUAUCGUCGGCGAGACCUUGAGCACCACUCCCCUCUUCGAUCUCACCUGCUCCAACUCCUCCAGCACCAGCACCAGCACUAGCAGCUCUGCCUCCGCCACCUCUACUGGAAAGUCCUCUGCCAAGUCCACCUCUGGAAAGUCUUCUGGUUCAGGUUCGAGCUCUUCCGGCUUCUCUGUCGGUCGCCACGGUAUUAACGGUACAGCAGCUGCCUCUGGAUUCCGUUCUGCUACCGCUUCUUCUUCCAUUGCCACUGCUUCCGCCGGCGCUAGCUCUGGCUCCAGCUCCAGCUCUGGCUCUGGCUCUGGCUCUGGCUCCAGCUCUUCCGGUUCCAGCUCUGGCUCCAGCUCGGGUUCCACCACCGGCAGCGCCGCCUCUGCCUCCUCCACUGCCUACAGCGCUGCCACCCGCCCCGCUGGCUCCAUCUUCGGUGCCAUCGUCGCUGCCCUCGCUCUCGCGAUCGCUGUUUAA